AUGACAACUCGAGCAACAACUAUCCCUGAUUGGGAAAAGACCAUGAAUCAAAUUAAGACUUAUGAUGCAGAAGAUUGGAAGGAUCUGGAAAAGUUAAACCCUGCUUCUUGGACAAGAUCUGCUUUUAAACUAAGCACGAAAUGUGAUUUGCAAGUCAACAACAUGUGUGAGGAAUUCAACAAUGACUUGUUCAAAAUUGGCAUUUUGAUAUUUUCUACUGUUUCCUGCAAUUCGUGGGUUGGACAUGGCCAGAGAUUUGAUGUGCUUAACUAUGGUGCCAAAGGAAAUGGCCGCUCCGAUGAUACUAAUGCUUUUGUGCAAGCAUGGAAAGCUUUAUGUGGAGCAAGUAAUGGCACUUCGACACUUGUGGUGCCAGCUGGGCAUACAUUUUUUGUGCGCCAAACAAGAUUCCGAGGUCCCUGCCAAUCUCAAAAACUUGAUAUUCAGAUUAUGGGCAACCUACUUGCACCUACGAAAGAUGCAUGGAAAAAAUGUUCAGGACCGUGGCUUUAUUUCCUUGACGUUCGCGGAAUGACAGUUCAUGGAUCAGGAGUAAUCAAUGGUCAGGGACGAGAUUGGUGGGGCAAACCAUAUGGAACUGGAGCAUGCAGCCACAUGCCUACGGCUCUUCUUUUCCAAAGAUGUGAUGGCCUUCAAAUAAGUGGCCUCACUCACAUCAACGGGCCAGGAUCACACAUCUUUGUAGUCCAUAGCCAAGACAUAACCAUCUCAAAUAUUGACAUAUACUCUCCACUGGAAAGUCACAACACCGAUGGAAUUGAUCUUACAAAUUCAGUUCGGGUUAACAUUAGAGACUCUAUCAUAAGAACCGGCGACGACUGCAUUGCUAUGAAAGGUGGCUCAAAAUUCAUCAACAUUAACAAUGUUACAUGUGGACCCGGUCACGGCAUUAGUGUGGGGAGUAUAGGGCAAGGUGGGCAAGAAGAAUUUGUAGAAAAUGUGAACGUCAGUAAUUGCAUAUUCAAUGGAGCUAGUAGUGCAGCUAGAAUCAAGACAUGGCCCGGUGGAAAAGGAUACGCCAAGAAUAUUGCCUUCCAGAAUAUCAGCGUCAAUCAAACAGAUUACCCAAUAUAUCUUUCCCAGCAUUACAUGGGCACCCCAGAAAAGAAGGACGCAGUAAAAGUGAGUGAUGUCACAUUUAGUAAUAUCCAUGGAACAUGUAUUAGUGAGAAUGCAGUUGUGCUGGAUUGUGCCAAGAUCGGGUGUGACAAUAUUGCCCUGAAACAAAUCAACAUUACCUCAAUCGAUCCAAAGAAGCCAGCUUCUGCAAAGUGCAAUGAUGUUCAUGGGAAGGCUACUGACAUUGUUUCUCCUCCUGUCCAUUGUCUGCAUCGCUAAAGAGACAUGUCUACCUUGAUAAGUGUUGAACUUAAUGGGCCGUAAAACUUAUUUUAUUUACUAUUUACCGUUGUAAUGAUGUUUGCUUGUAGCAUGCCUACUUAUGUCUGUAAGUAAUGUUCCUAU